AUGCGAUUCCUUCAUUUUGUUCCUCCAUUCCUCCUGUUCAAACUGCUGCUAGUUGUGAGUAGAUUUCCUGCUCAAAUUAAACGAAUCUCUCGCAAGUCGCAUGAAAGAAAUCUACUCAAGAUUGCUCAAUUGAAGGCCAAACUAGGCGAAAAGUAUCGACCACUUGGUAGAGAAAAGCGAUUCUCUCCCCACACAGAUCGCAGAUCACCAUCACAGGCAUCACAACCACCUCGGCCUAUUCCAAAACCAGUUCGUCUUACUCCUUUUCUUGUCUCCAAAUCCAACUACCGUCCUCUAGACAUUGUCCCGGGUAAUAUUGAUAACGUGCUAGUCAAAUCAAAGGCAUGGCUGGAUGAGAUCAAGACCACUGCAGAAAGUGCCUCGGCUUCUCAAUCCACCUCUCAAUCUGCUAAUAUGGGUAUUAGACAAAGAGCAUUUAAAGCUGAAGUCAAAAAUGUUGUGAACGAUCACACCACGACAUUAAAACUCCCUAAUGCAGCUGUUUCAAAAGUGCCCGAAUCGAUCACUAGCGAGAUCAAAAACAAGGUGCAUUCUCGACUCAUUACAAAGCAAUCUACUCUUGGCUCCAAGGUUGAAGAUGUGAAAACUGAGUCCAAUUCUACACCUGAUCUGCCCAUAUUUGAGCCUACAACUGCUGUUGGACCAUUUUAUCGAUAUGGACUAACGCCCUCGGAUGUAGAGACAAUUCUUUCCAUCACACCAGAGGUUCUUGUAAAUGAGGGGCAAAUUAUUGAUGCAGAGCGCGCAGAGGAGCAGGCUGAAAUGGUGCGUCGCAUUAUCAGUCUUGAGAAUGGACGUGAAAGCACUAUUCGUAAAUUCAACAUUGCUCGAUCUAUUGAAAUCUUUCAACGUAUGCCUGGUGAUACUGGCAGUCCUGAAGUGCAAGCUGCAAUAUUUAGUGUGCGCAUUGCAGCUAUCCAGAAUCACUUGAAAAUAAAUCGCAAGGACAAGUCUACGAAGCGACAGCUUCAGAAAUGGGUUUCCAAACGAGAGAGCAUUCUCAAGUAUUUGCGUCGCAAGAAUCUGUCAACAUUUGUCAAGACAUGCCAGAGUAUUGGAGUAGAUCCUGACACUAUUCGAGUAUAGAGAUUGACACUUGAAAUAAUAAAAUGAAACGGAAAACAAUG